CGUGCCUUUAUAAUCCUCCAUGACGCCUGCUUGAGAUCAUCCUUCUUUUCCCAUUGUUGUUUAGUGAGCCAGCGUGGACAACAACAUGGCAGUACUAGCAAAUGCUGUUUCAGCCUGGUUUCUCAUUGCUAGUGUCAGUUAUGUCUUCUGCCUUCCAAAGGGGGAUGUCAUGAAGAGAGGUGCCGGCGUGGUUGACGUUACAACACCAAAUCCCAACAACCAGACCCAAACUGGGCCUGAUGGUGCUGCAAGUGAAGAUGUUCAAUCAGCUACUCCAACACCUUAUCCCCAGAAUCAGACGGCUGCUGCACAACCUGAAGUUACUGAUGGGCCAAGUGAAGAUGAUGUAACUGCAACUCCUAAUCCCCAAAACCAGACAACACCUGCCCAAACUGAAAAUGCUGAUGGGCUGAGUGAAGAUGCCUCGGCAACUACAAGCCAACAGCCGCCCUCGACAACUACAAGCCAACAGCCGCCCUCGACAAUAAGCCCAACCAAAGAACAGUCGAAGAUCAUCAACAAACACAACACACUGAGGAGCAGAGUGCGCCCCACUGCAAGCAACAUGCUCAAGAUGAGGUGGAAUUCCGAGGCUGCUACCAACGCACAGAGGUGGGCUGACACUUGCUCCUUCGAACACAGUGACCCCAGCGCAAGGGAGAUCAACGGGCGUCCUUGUGGUGAGAACCUGUACAUGGCCAGCAAUAAUAACUCCUGGAGCAACGCUAUCCAGACUUGGUAUGAUGAGGUGAAGGACUUCAAGUUUGGUACAGGGUCCAUCAACGGUGCCACAGUAGGACAUUACACCCAGGUUGUGGCGUACAGGUCAGACCAGCUAGGCUGUGGCAGGGCUUCCUGCCCAGGCUCCAAGUAUUUCUACGUCUGCCAUUACUGUCCAUCGAUGACGGCCUUUCAGGACACCAGACCCUACAAGAGUGGCACUGCCUGUGGGGACUGUAAAAAAUCCUGUGAAGACAAUCUGUGCACCAACCCCUGUCCCUACUUUGACCAGUAUGACGAAUGCCCGAAGCUCAAAACCCGAUGGGGUUGCGACGACGAACAUGUGGCUCCCUGGUGUCCUGCGACUUGCAAAUGUGCCAAUUAUAUUGUCUGAGCUUCAAUACCCGACUGCCACUCCACCCAAAGCCACUACAUGCUUGUCCACUCUGCAAAGUAAUAAAGCUGAUGACCUGAGAA